AUGCCAGAGAAAACGCCUCUCCCAAUUUCAACUGCACACAUUUUCCGUUCUAAUUCAUAUCUAUUCAAAGGCCUUCCCAGUCUAACUGCGGCCCUCUUCAUAGCUGUGGUCAUCAUCUGGGGCAUUGACAGCUGCACCGUCCGAUCAUGGCAAAACCACCGAGACUAUCUCGGCAUACAGCCCGCCACAUUGUCAGUAUUGUCGACGCCCCCUCACAAUGUAACACACAGAUCUAACACCAGCGAUGACCCCACCACCUCACCAUCCCCACAAAAUCUGACCCACAUUGCCAAUAACACCACCUCACCAUCCCCACAAAAUCUGACCCACAUUGCCAAUACCACCACCACGUCACCCCCUCAAAAUAUGACCCAUAUUGACAAUAGCACCACCCCAUCACCCCCUCAAAAUCUGACCCACAACACCCAAACAGUUGACAGGAAUUCAAUACACACCCCAACACUGUUAAGCUGGAUUUCCCUCAAACUAGAACCCAACUUCACAUCCAAUCUUCUCUCCCAGUGGCUAAGACCAGGCGGCCAGCCCUGCCUUGACAAUCGAUCAGAGAACAUAAAAAUCCCGGCCCUUGAUGGCCAGAAUUACAUUGAAUUACCAACUGGAGAAAUCCACGAAUUUAUCUUCUCAGCCUACGACGGUGCAGGUAUACAACGUUGCUCCGGUGGGGACUACUUCGAGACUGAUCUCUCUGGUGACUCGUGGAAAUCUCGCCCACCCGUAAAAGACUUGGGCAAUGGGUCGUACUCCAUCUCCCUCCAAAUCCACCCUGAUUUCGCCGGUGAAUACGAUCUCACCUUCUACCUCCUCUUCCGAAGCUUCGAGGGACUAAAAUUCUCACCAGAGCGUUUUGCAUUCCGGAGACAACUCCGGAAAAUCCCAAUCAAGUUCAUCAGAACCUCAGCUAAAUUACCCGAAAUACAGACUUGCCGGAGAUCAGACUUCAAGCAGGAUAUAUGGUCAGGCAGGUGGACCCAGCAUGGCAAGAACAACAAAUGCACGAUCGAUGAUGACGGUCGGUACCGCUGUUUAAAGGCCGAUUACCCAUGCCAGAGCCCGUGGUGCGAUGGCUCAUUGGGCUUGCUAGAGAGCAAUGGCUGGGUUUAUUCUGCGCAUUGCAGCUUCCGAAUCUUCACAACAGAUUCCGCAUGGAAAUGCUUAAAGAACCGGUGGAUUUUCUUCUGGGGCGAUUCCAACCAUGUCGACACGAUAAGGAACCUCCUCAAUUUCGUGCUGGGCCACCCCGAGGUCCCAGCAAUCCCGAGACGUUUCGAUGGAAACUUCACGAACCCGAACGACCCAUCCCAAUCCCUCCGGAUAACGAGCAUCUUCAAUGGGCAUUGGAAUCAUACGAUGAAUUACGAAGGCCUGAAUUCUCUUCAGAAUGAAGGAUAUCGGAAGCUACUGAAAGGGUACUUCUCUGGGAAGACCGUCCCUGACACGAUGAUCUUGAAUUCAGGAUUGCACGACGGGGUCCAUUGGAAGAGCAUAAGGGCGUUUUCUGCCGGGGCAGAGUAUGCAGCGAAGUACUGGGAGGAGGUGUUGGGUGCAAUUCCGGAGAACCGGACAAAGCUCUUUUACAGAACGACGGUGGCGACGGGAGGGUAUGCGAGGGAUCUGGCAUUCAAUCCAAACAAGAUAGAGGCCUUCAAUUUGGUUCUGUUGGAGAAACUGAAGGACAGAGGAUUGUUGUCAGGAGUGAUCGACAAUUUCGAUAUGACAUUCCCAUGGCACUAUGACAACCGUUGCAACGAUGGCGUCCACUACGGGCGGGGCCCGGCAAAGUUGAAGUGGCGGGAUGGAAUCGUCGGACAUCAGUAUUUCGUCGAUCUGAUGCUGGGUCAUGUUCUCCUGAAUGCCAUGUGCCCAGGGGAUUGAAAGGCGUGUACUAGAAUGCGCCGGUAGAGGGGAGAUAUCCAUAGACUAGCUCAGCAUUUUUUUGAAUUGCUGUGGCCGUUGGUAGGUGGCGGGAAACUGAGAACAGACAAGUGUAUGUAAAUGCGAAAAGAAGCCGAUUUUGCUAACGUGCGCGAGGGGUGAAAAUAUCAGCGCAUGAAUGAUGCAAUCUGACGGCUGAGAUGGUUUCUCUUGUAUGCUACGGUUAUUCAUUGUAUUCUUUGUGUCUGUAGAUGUUGGUUUUUAGGAGAUGUAUUUAUUUACAGGGUCAUUACACGAGAUUACUACUAAGAUGAGUGAAAAUGUGGGAAGAUUUUGUAUUUUGUAUUUUGUAUUUUUUUUGGUGUAUAUGAGGUCAUUUUCCCUCCCA